CUCAUCUUGCAACACUGGCUAGUAGCUAGUUUCAAAAGAAAAUGGCGGCCCGGUUGCAUUACUUGCAUAGCGUCUGCCUGCAUCAAUUCUUAUUUUGAACUUGGAUAAGAAAUGUGUAAAUGAUUUUUAAAUAGUGUUAAACAUGAUGGAAACACCGAAUACGUUAAACAGCGGCAUGUGCCGAUGCUGCUCGUCGGAAGGCACAUUCAAAGAUAUUAAAACGAAGUAUCAUUGGAUGGGAGAGGAAGAGGUUUAUGCAGACAUGUUGACCGAUUGUUUUGAUAUCAAAAUACAGACUCCGGAAGACAUGGACAAUGGCAUCUGUGAGGUGUGCAUCACGCAGCUGCGGAACGCUGUCAACUUCAAGAAGCAGGUGCUGCAUACAGAAGAGCAGUUCAAGAGGAGACUCCAGGGACGAGAUGUUAAAAAUCCUAUCAAAAUUGAAUCUGUGGACAAUCCUAUAGAUUCCGACCACCUCUCCGAUCAAGACUUCACAGAAGAAUACGAAGUUCCCAUAAAACAGGAGGUGGAAGAGAGGCCGAAAGCCAAGAAACGCCAGGCCAAGCCUGCGACGCCGCGCGCCAAGAAAGCCAAGACUGAAGCCGAGUCGUCCCAACGAACGGACGGCGACGCGCCCAAGAAGCGCAAGAAAAAGAAAAAGAAAUCGGACGAUAGCGCGACCCCAGAGCGCAUUGAGCACAGGGUCAACCUUACCGCCAUACUGCAGUACUCCAACGCCAGUCCGUUCCGAGACAAGACCGCCCGCGGCUUCUCCUGCCUCUACUGCUGCGCGCACUUCCAGCACAUCGACGAGCUGCGCGCGCACACCGCGCAGCAGCCCGAGAAGGACAAGCUCAACUCCAUGAUCGACUACAAGCUCAGCUACAACCCCAUCAAAGUGGACAUCACCAACCUCGAGUGCACCGUCUGCCACCAAUCCAUGAGGGAUCUCGUCGAACUAAAGGAUCAUCUAGUCUUCGUCCACAACAAGACUAUCUACAAAAACAUUAAAGACAUCAUCCUUCCUUUCCGUCUCGAAGACGGUCACAAUUUUACUUGUGUCAUAUGCUCCGUCGUUCACAUCUCGUUCAAAAACCUUUAUCAUCACAUGAGCAGCCAUUAUAGAAAUUACUGCUGUAAUAAAUGCGGCGCCGGCUAUAUCACGAUAGCGGCGCUCCGCAAGCACAUGAAGACCCACGAGCAGGGGAACUUCCCCUGCGCCUACUGUGAUAAAACAUACACCUCUUUCACAAAGAAGAGGAACCACGAAAAAGGCGUCCACACCGGCGGCUGGUUGAGGAACAAAUGCCCUCACUGCCCAGAGAUUUUCGUUAGUUACUACGACCGCAGCGAGCAUCUCGUACAGGUACACAAUGAAAAAGCCGUCAAGUAUCCCUGCAACGCGUGCAAUAAAGUAUACAAAAAGAAGUUCGAACUUAACCGUCACAUUAAACACCACCACUUACAGCAAAAGAGCUUUUUAUGUGACAAGUGCAAUGCUAAAUUCUUCUCGAAACGCGGUCUCGCCGACCACUUGUCCAGGCAUUCUGGCGGAGAAGUGUACACCUGCGAUAUAUGCGCCAAAACCUUCGCUAGAGCGAGGACUCUGAAGGAGCAUAUGAGAAUUCACGAGGACGAUAAGAGGUUUCAAUGCGAGGUCUGCAAGAAGACUUUCGUACAGAAAUGCAGCCUGAAAAGCCACAUGCGCUUACACCAGGACCACUUAGACAUUUUCAAGGAGUUCGAUGAUGUCAAGCACCUGAUAGACGACAGAGAACUGACCUUGAAACAGAUAGCCGCGGAAAGCAAGAAAAAGGCGGAGGAGGAGAAAAGAAAACAAAAAUUUCUCCCACUUGAUAAGAUGUAGAGAACAGUGAGUGUCAAGGACUUAUUAAAUAGGUUCAAAAUAUGUAGUUGGCGUAAAUGACUGUAAAUAUUUACAUUCGAAUGUGCGAAUGAAGUUUUGAAUAAACAGGGUCAUACUUCUUGCUUUUGCGCUUAGUAAGUCGUUUUAAAAAAUAUAAUUUGUUCGAACUUUACUUACAUUUGCUUUUUCGUCAUAUACUUCUGUCUGAAAUGUUUCAUUGUAUUUGGCGGAAAAUUACUAAUAAACUUCCUGACCGCCAAUCAUUCAAGAUUUUGAUCUCAUUCAAACUUCUUUGAAAUGAUAAUGUCAAGGACAUAGUUUUAUAUGCGAUUAUCAGUUAAGUACGUCAUCAUUAGACAUCAGAAUUUUUAAGGCAAAUUUUAAUGAUGGGUAGGGAGUACAGGUACUCAUAGGUCUAUAUCGAAAAACUCAAUUACCACUACUCUUUUUAAUGAUAGUGAUCGCCCCCAGCUUUAUUAUUGUAAGUUUAAUGUUUAUACUUCCAAUAAUAUUAUAUUUUUACUAACGAAACACGGAGUGACCUCUAGUAAAUAUGUUGGAGAAGCAACGAUAAUUAAGUUUAUUGAUAUUUUAACUGCCUCACUGUCUAUAAAAUCCGGUCCUUAAAAUUCCAAUGUCUAGUUAUCAUCAUGUAUUGUGUUAUUGAUGUUAUGCAUAUCUUCUUACGUAUAAUAAUAUAUACUAUAUACUUGAAUCACGGAUGUCUAUUUUACGAAAUUUGUUAUAUUAAGAGGUACUUUAUCUAAAUCGGUGUAAGUGUAGGUAUAUUGUUUUUGACAUUUGAAAUGAAAUUAGGCUGUCUGUGGUUGGAGGCUGGAGCAUAGAGAGGUUGUAAAAAAACAUUUUAGGAAUUGUAAUAUCCAAACAAACAAACAAUAGGUUAGGAAGAUCUGCUCGCCACGAAGUGCUUUAAAUUGAAAAUUAUUAUUAUAUUUAUAAGUUUUACCAUAUACAAAAACCAUGUGUGUUAAGUAAAUAUAUUAUAUGUAUUACUACUA